GCCGGCUCACUGCAGUCGAGGCGCUCACUCUGCAGAGUGGAUGUGAGUGGAUCCCUGCCUGUGCAAAGGAAAAGACAGAAAAACCUCAGUCACUCUCCACUGGAUAUCCUCGCCUCUGGACGCACUUUUACGCGCGGCUCCAAGAUAUAAACAAGCUGCACCAUCCAAGUUAACAUCAUCAGGAUCGCUUUACUCUGAUGUAUGUUGCAACAUCGAGGAGCCAUUUGUCUUUCUGUUCUUUAUGCUUCUGGAUUUCCAUCUGCAAAGUCUCCAGAAAGUGAUGAGUCGUGCCAAACCGGGGAGUAUGAUCUCUGCGUAAACUUAUUUUUCGUUUAUCCGAACCAAACCCUCCGUUAGAAAUGCAGAUCCUGCUGUACACCGCUGUGCUCCUGUACCUCCAGGAGCGUGCCAGCGCAGAGCCAAAAGCCAAGUGUCCCACGCGCUGCGAUGUGAGUACCUGUCCGAGUCCUAGCUGCCCCAGCGGCUACGUGCCCGACCGCUGCAACUGCUGCCUGGUGUGCGCGCAGGCCGAGCUGGAGCCGUGCGGCCGCAAGGAGGACCUGCCCUGCGGGGACGGGCUGGAGUGCAAACAGCCCAACAGCAAGCGGCUCUCCAAGGGCUUCUGCCGGUGCAAGUUCAGGAACGACGUAUGUGGCAGCGACGGGAAGUUGUACGGCAACGUGUGCCAGCUGAAGGCCACCAGCAGGAAGGCUCUGCAGCAGGGACAUCCGGGCAUCACCCAGAUCCAUAAGGGACCGUGUGAGAACAGCACAGGCAACCAGCAAGUCCACUGGUUGAAAAAAUAA